ACAGACCCCUCAUCCUCUCCUCAGUCCGCACCGAGGUCCCAUAUCUCUCCACCGCCGCAAGCUCACUCCCUCUUUUUUGUUUUACCUUUUUUUUCCAAUCUAAAGAGAGAAGAGUCGUAAAUUUGAUCGGUGAUCGAUGGGGAAGGACGUGGAGGCAGCGGCGGAGGCGGGCGAGUUCACCGCGAAGGACUACACGGACCCGCCGCCGGCGCCGCUGAUCGAUGCGGAGGAGCUGACCAAGUGGUCGCUGUACCGGGCGGUUAUCGCCGAGUUUAUCGCGACGCUGCUGUUCCUCUACAUCACUGUGGCGACGGUGAUAGGCUACAAGCACCAGUCAGACGCCAACGUGGGCGGCGCCGACGCGGCCUGCAGCGGUGUCGGGAUCCUGGGCAUCGCCUGGGCUUUCGGAGGGAUGAUUUUUAUCCUCGUCUACUGCACCGCCGGCAUCUCUGGUGGUCACAUAAACCCGGCGGUGACGUUCGGGCUGUUCCUGGCUCGCAAGGUCUCCCUGAUCCGAGCCCUUCUCUACAUGAUCGCGCAGUGCCUGGGAGCCAUCUGCGGCGCGGGGCUCGUCAAGGGCUUCCAGAAGGCCUACUACGUGCGCUACGGCGGCGGGGCCAACGAGCUCAGCUCCGGCUAUUCCAGGGGGACGGGACUCGCCGCCGAGAUCAUCGGCACCUUCGUCCUCGUCUACACCGUCUUCUCCGCCACCGACCCCAAGCGCAGCGCCCGCGACUCCCACGUUCCGGUUUUGGCUCCACUUCCGAUUGGUUUUGCAGUGUUCAUGGUCCAUCUAGCCACAAUCCCUAUCACAGGGACCGGCAUUAACCCUGCGAGGAGCUUCGGAGCGGCUGUCAUCUAUAACGAGGACAAGGCCUGGGAUGAUCAGUGGAUCUUCUGGGUGGGGCCUUUCAUUGGUGCGGCGAUUGCUGCAGCUUAUCACCAAUAUGUCCUGAGAGCUAGUGCUGGGAAGGCAUUGGGAUCCUACCGUAGCGGCUGAUUCUCUCGUGCGUCUUCUCGAACUGAAGAACUGUUAUGGAGCAUGAAAUUGUAGAUAGAAGGCCUCUGCCUCUAGCUAGUACUUGCAGGGAGGGCAACCAUUGGGUUUUCCUGCAUCUGGGUGUUUGUCAUCUUGUAUUUCCUGCUUUUCUCUUCCACUUCUCUUUGCAUCUGUAAUUACUACAUAAGGCUAUGAAGUUUCUAUCCUUUCUCGUCCUUCCCUUCA